AUGAAGAUCCCAGAAAAGCUACUCAAGUUAAGAUACCAUUUCCUAGCAACACUAAUGCUAUGUGUAACCCUCUUUUGUGUCAUAGUCUUUGCCCCUAAAUUGUUGACCCUUUUUACCUAUUUUUGGCCACUUUUUGUCUCCACCGCACUUGUUCUUGCCCUUGUUUUCAUUUUUGCAAAGACUUCACCUUUACCACAAACUGAAGCUUCAAUUCAUAAGGGUCUUCUUGAUUAUGUUGCUGGUGACCAUGAUUCGCCGUUGGAUCUUCACAACAAGUUCGAUUAG